AUGUUACUGUAUUUCGUCAAUGGUGUCGCGAGUCAGGGGACCGUUAACGCGGAGCUUCUCGUGACGCAUACGCUGCUGCCCAUUGUGGCAUCUGCGUGGACGGAGCCGUCACACCUGCUUGUGACCGAUGCCGAAGGGGAGUUCAUCGCCGAUAGCGGGGUGCAGUUAGCAUCGAAAGCCACUGGUAAGGUCACCUCCAUGGCGUGGCACCCCACCCAUCCUGUUUUGGCAAUUGGGUGGUCCUCGGGGGGACUCAUGUUGUGGACCCUUCCGCCGAUGACGAAAACGGCUGGCGCUGUCACUACCCCAUCAGGAGCGCCGGUGGAAGCUGAAAAGGCAUUGCUGCAGCAUGACGAAGGCUCAGUGACAACGUGUGUGUGGUCUAGUGGUGGCACCUACCUUUUAACCGCGUCAUCAAAGAUGCUUGUAGUGGCCUGGAUGGUGGAGCACACCACCGUGAAAACGGAGAAGAGUGAUCGAGAUGACGAGGGCAAAACAAUGCAUUUUAAACCUACAGCGAUGUGGUCUGUGCCAACAGAAGUGAUGAUGGUCCAAGCCCUGCAUGCUACCGCUUCCGUUGUGCCGUCUCUUCAAAAUGCGCUAAAACGACAGCAGCAGCAGCCCAACACGGAUUCCCCAGACGAAUUUGGUAGUUCGCUUAAGCUGCCAUUUCAUCGCAACUUGGAUGAUGAUAAUGAUGAAUGUGCUUUUUUUCUUGCCAGUGCCAGUGACAAACAAAUAUUUGCGCUAACAGAGGAGCAAAAACUUUUCCCACUGCUUUCGCUUGAAGAACCACCCACGGCGAUGCUCUACGAACCAGCAGAGCGGCAACUUGUUGCAUUUAGCGUCGCUAAUGUAAUUAACGUGUACCAUAUUUCAGAAGACUUUACAGCAAAGUUAAUUCUUCGCCGUAAAUUGUCAACUCCAAGUGCUAACUUGAUGGGAGAGCGAUUUACGGUGACAAUGCGGUGGGCCAGUUCUGGUGUUCUUGCAUUUGGGUGUGGGGACAAUCGUGUGCGUUUUUUUGACAUCCGUGGUGAUCGCGUGUACGUUGUACCGCAUCCGGUGCCUGCGGCUGCGCACAUCACACACAUUGACACACUUGAAAAGAAGGGUUUACUAGCUAUGGCAACGAUGGAAGGACCGCUCGCCGUAUUUCAAAGAAACGUCGCUCCACACCGUGAGCGAAGCUCUGUUACCAUACCAGGCGCUAAUACAGGUAAUGCAACGAUGGAAAGCCAUUCCACGAAUGAUGCUGCCAUUCGUGACGGUAAUGAUCCAGCAGAAGAGUGGGAGUUACUGACGGUUGUCGAUAUAAGUGGACGCGUGAAUCGUUUAAGCUUUACCACUGCUGGUCACAUUGUGGUGGCUCUUGCAAAGGGGAAGAUGCAGGUUCUUCGAGAGACGGUGCGCAAGCGUGCAUGGGACGGGGUUGUAGCCGCCACACAGAUUUCAAUGGAUAUGGUCGUGGUAGAGAGUGUCACUGGCUGCCAGUGUUUGUUGAAGAGUAACAGUAAGAUUCGCGGCAUGGCGGCAGCCUUUCCUACUAUUGGACUCUGGAAUGGUCAACAAAUUGACCUCUACACGGUUAACGAGUCCACGUCGACGGCGUCCUUGACAAACUUUGUACCAGCCACAAGUUCUGCCUUUGCAGUGCAUCCGGAGGGGCUAUUUUACGUGAAGGAUGCCAAUCGCGUCUUAUUCGUCAAUUUUCAACUGGUGACGCUUGGGCAAAUCGCCUUUACCGAGGCGGAAGGGAGACCAAUGGUUAUUGAUGUGAUGGGUGACGUUGUUGUGGUGAUCUCCUCCACAAAUGCUAUGCGACUUGCACGUGUGAGUGAACGUGAAGUGUGCCAGUUGGGUCCACCACGUCAACUGACGCUUCCAGACUCUGGCGUUGUCGUGACAGACGCAAGGGUGAAUGCGCAGGGCCGUCGUGUGGCACUCAUGACACGUCGCAUUGCGGAUGAUCUGAUGGACAGUCGCAUUUGGGUUUACGACUGCGAUAAGGACCUGAUAAAUUUUUAUGACUUUGCCGUGCGUGGAGAGAUACCUGACGCGGUAUACUGGAACACACCGGAACCGAAUAGCAAUACCAUUGGUGAGCUUGGUUAUCUCCUUUUAGCCUGUGAGACGCAUCAAGUAAAAAACAGCAACACCACAUCUUCUUCCGAGGGUGCUGAGGAGGUUGGUGAAUGCGGUGCGGAGGGCAACUCUUCAAAGCGGCCAAACUCACGAAGUGACUCAUUUAGCGCCAUUACAAACCAUGCUGAAGCGGUGUCAGCUAUGGAGUCAAUGCCGGACUUAGAGAACUUUGCCGAGAAGCAGCAGCGGAGGGAGGAAGAGAGCUAUGCAAACGGCCUUAGCGGGGUUAACCCUCUUGCAAAUCGCACUCAUUCCGUUGUGACGCUCUUUUCUACCAAUAAGGGGCUUAUUGUGCACAACGCCGUCCUUCUUAAGCGUUACCACAUUUGCCUGGUUGGCCUUACGAUCCCGGAUUUUUUACUAGCUUCAGUGCGCGUCAACGGUAAUCCAAGUAAUCCCGAGGACUACAUGAUUGAGCAAAAGCGAUUGCGCGACUUUGAGGGGCUUAAGACGGAAAAAGAAGUGCCGGUUCUGGAGGCACUCAUGAAGUUCAGCUACUACUCCACCAUUGGCAAUAUGGAUGAGGCUUAUCGCUGUGUCAAGACCAUUAAAAACCCCACGGUGUGGCAGAGUCUCGCACGUAUGUGCAUCUCCUCUGGUCGCUUGGACGUUGCAGAGGUUUGUCUUGCGCAAAUGCAGGAUGGGGUUGCCGCUGGUGCUCUCCGAGAGGCCCGCACAAACUACCCGGAGGAGAAGGAUGUGCACCUUGCGACACUUGCUUGUGGUCUUGGACUGGUAAAGGAGUGUGAGGGUCUGCUGCGCAAGGCGAAGCGAUUUGACCUUAUCACGGAUCUACUGCUGGCGUGUGGUAAGUUUGAGCAGGCCCGGCGGCAUGCAAAACACUACGAUCGGAUCCACAUGCACUCAGUGUCAUAUAAGUACGCACAGUUCAUGGAAUCCUUUUCACACUUUGAGGCCUCAAUCAUGUGGUACCGUAACGCUGGGUGCUUCUCAACGGAUGUUCCCCGUGUUUUCUUUCAAAAUAAUCGCCUAAUGGAGCUGCAUGACCUCAUUAUUCCACCACCGAGCAACCAUAAGAAUGAUUCCGGUGCCACGACGGGUAAUUUAGAGAAUACAGCAACUGAGAAGAAAAGUUCUAUAAAUUCCAAGGACAACCGUGAGCCCUCAGCGACGACGACAAUGCCUGUAGAGAAUGAAGGUAAAACAGAUGAAAACUCUGCACGGGAUGAGGCUGAAGGGAAUACAUCCUUUACUUUUCAACAUCUCUUUGCACACAACAAGGACCUGUUGAUUUGGUGGGCACAACAGAGCGAGCGGAGAGAACAGUUUGCAGAGGCACUUAAAUUUUACAUGCUAGCAGAAGAUGUCUUUAAUAGUGUGCGGUUGCUCUGUGCAGAAAACCCUCCACGUCUAGAGGAGGCGCUUGGGAUUGUAGAUAAGGAAAUUGAAAAGUCUCGUACGCGGGCAAGCAGUGCAUCGGGAACAGUUAUUGCGGCGGAAGAAUCAACCCUGACGGAGAUGGAACCUGUGGGGGGAGCUUUCUUUAUUGGUCUUCAUUAUGAACGUUCCAAUGAUGUGUGUAUGGCGUUACAGUACUUUAAGUAUGCUGGAGCGUGGCGAGCCGCCUCGAGGGUGGCAAAGGGACACGAGCGCUAUGGCGAUUUGCUUGCCUUGUCCAUUGCGAGUGAGGAUGAGCAGCUGAUGCUUGACAACGCAACAUUUUUGGAGCAAAACAGCGUAUACGACAAGGCUGUAGAGUUGUAUCACCGAAUCGGGGAUGUUCAAAAGGCUAUUGAGGUCUGCAUUAAGGGUGGCCUUUAUGAUACAAUGCACCGCAUCAGCUCCACGUUGGAUGCGCAAAGCGACCCAGAGGUGUUCCUACAGAUGGCAGAACACUUUAUUACGAAUGGGCACUAUGACAAGGCAGCAGAAAUGUAUGUAUUUUCCAAGGCGUUUUCUCGCGCGCUUGAACUUUGUGCUUCGAAAGGGGUUGCUCUCACGGAUGAAAUGGCAGAGUCGAUGUCUUCAGAUGCAAACUGUUGCAAUUUAUCUGAGGAGGAGCGUACGGCACUGCUGCGGCAGAUUGCUGACAUUGCUAAGGAUCAGGGUAACUGGAAUCUUGCCUGUAAGAAGUACACGCAGAUCGGUGAACGACUGAAGGCAAUGAAGAUGUUAAUGCGCGGAGGUGAUGUGAACAAGGUUAUUUUCUUUGCCAACCACUCACGCAGCACGGAAAUUUACACGCUUGCGGGUAACUUUUUGCAGUCUCAAAACUGGCACACCAAUCCGAAUAUAUACAAACACAUUGUUUUGUUUUACACAAAGGCAAAGGCCUUUGGUAACCUCAUCUCUUUUACGGAUGCUUUUGCGCAACACCAGAUUGAUGAAAACCGCAACUACUACGACGCAUGGCAGGCACUUCAUGAAUGCGUGGAGUUUUUGGAGCGCAACCGUGAAGCCGUCUACAGUAACGACACUGUCAUGGUGAAAGAUGAGGACCUCCGCUCGCGCCGCGAUGUCAUCGAACAGGUGGUGCGGGCGAUAAAACUUCUCGCCGAUAGUGCCGCUGACGCAGAGAAAGCGAAGGAACUCAUUGCCGUUUGCUCCGACCUCAUCAAACGCAGUCGACCCAGCCAUCAGGACAGCUCCAUUGUCUCGACUGCCAUUCGUAUAGGAGAUGUCUUUGCACUUCUCGUGCGAUACUAUCAUGAAAAUGCGCGGUCCUCGACAGAUGCGAUGCGGGUAAUAGACAGUAUGGUGAAGCAUGCCGUGGAGCCGCGUUUUUUUUUGGAGCGGGGGUUGUUAGAGGCUGUGUGUAGCGCAAAUGCGCGGAGUGUUGCCGAGUUUCUUACUGAGGACGCCGGAGAAAUGCCUGCCAAACGCACAAGCGUAAACCACAAUAAAGCAGAGGAGGAGGCUGUGUGA